AUGGACGCAUCAAUACCGGUAUUUGAAAAACCAAAGCCCCGGCUUAGCGUUUUGGAUUGGACUAGAAACAUCCAGCAGCUUCAGAACGAGGCUAGGAUUCGUCGUUUUGAAUCUUAUGAAUUACGACAACGCGGUAACCAGUUACGGAAUGAAACAUCGAUAACUACGAACUGGGAUACUUAUGUGAACAAUGAGCUAUUGAGAGAUAGAGUAUUUGAAGUGGAGACUUGGCGUGAGAAACAGCGUUUCACCCGGGAACAGGUAAGAGAUGAGACCAGGGCACUACGAGAGGAGAAGAACGCGACAGAGCUUCAACUCGAGUCACUCCAAGUUCCUCUUAUGGUGUCAGCACAAUGUCUUGCUAAUCGUGACCAAAGACUGCCACCAGAACUGACUAGAGAUUCACUAGGAGAAGAACUGAACAAGGAGUUGCACAUACUCGAGAACAGUAAACGCACUCUAACCGACAUUUGCCACAUGGGAUGGGAGAAACUUAAAGAUCUGACAAACGUGUUCUGUCGUUUAGAACGAGAGAUACAGAACAAGGACGACGCUCUAACGCUAGACCGCCACGUGAAGGAUCUGGACAGAUAUAGUUCGAAUAUUUCCUUUAAGAUAGAUCCUACAAGAGUGCCCCCUGAAUCGAUGACAGAAGACAGUUACGUUCAUUGCAUUGAGAACACGAUAAAAAUAGCUGAACAACUCAUGAAAGAGUCCAAAUGUUUACGAGAGACUAUGUUUAAAAGUAGGGAACAGGUCCGAAACCAGUUGUAUGCCCAAUGCCAAGCUGUGGAGAUGGUGAUGAGGCGACGGGUGUUUGACAUACAACGGGCAAGAAAUGAAAUGGAGUGGCAGAAACUGAAGUUGGAACAAAAUUUGGCUAAAGUGGAUCGGGAGAUAGAAGCAUUGCGUGCAGCAGUUGCUGAUAAAAUAAAUCCAACGAAGUUAGUUGAAACGCGACUCGAGACGAGGACAAGACGACCCGCUUUAGAAAGAGUACAGGACAAACCAAUGCGUGGUCUAAUUGAAGAGUUCGAAAGGGUGCACACGAGUACUAAUCUGCUGGAGAAGAAGUUGGAACAGUCCCUUUCAACGUAUCACAACAUGUAUAAUCAUUAUCAACGUGUGAAUAAGGAUUUGGAAUACAAGAAUCAAGCUCUAGAGACAGAUCGUCGCCUGGUGGAGAUAAGAAAACCUCUUCACAAACCGGACGAAACGGAAUUUCAAAGAAACGUUGGAUAUUGUCAUAUGAAUGACGAAUUAGUUACGGAUUAA